GUUACUUAGCUUCUGCUGGAGGCUGCGCGUUCUGUCCGGGACUCCGCGUGUGCCCCCGAGCGCAGGGUCCUGGGCCGGCAGCAAGUGGGCUACAUGUCGUCCCCGCAGGCCCUAGAGGACGAACGGGGCGGCGGCGAUCCACCCAGGGACCUCCGCAGCGUCCUGGUCACCAGCGUGCUCAACCUCGAGCUGCUGGACGAGGAUCUCUUCAGAGGAAGGCAUUACUGGGUACCCUCAACCCAGCGGCUGUUUGGGGGUCAGAUCGUGGGCCAGGCUUUGGUGGCUGCAGCCAAGUCUGUGAGUGAAGAUGUCCACGUGCAUUCCCUGCACUGUUACUUUGUUCGGAAAGGGGACCCGAAGGUGCCGGUGCUGUACCAGGUGGAACGGACGCGAACAGGGGUGAGCUUCUCCGUGCGCUCCGUGAAGGCUGUGCAACACGGCAGGCCCAUCUUCAUCUGCCAGGUCUCCUUCCAGAAGGCCCAGCCCAGCCCUGUGCAGCACCAGUUCUCCAUGCCUACCGUGCCCCCGCCGGAAGAGCUGCUUGGCCAUGAGGCCCUCAUUAACCAGUAUUUAAGGGACCCUAACCUCCAAGAGAAGUACCGAGUGGGGCUGAACCGAAUUGCUGCCCAGGAGGUGCCCAUUGAGAUCAAGCUGGUAAACCUACCCACUCUGAGCCAGCUGCAGAGCAUGGAGCCCAAACAGAUGUUCUGGGUGCGAGCCCGGGGCUACAUUGGGGAGGGCGACAUGAAGAUGCACUGCUGCGUGGCAGCCUAUAUCUCGGACUAUGCCUUCCUGGGCACAGCACUGCUGCCCCACCAGUGGCAGCACAAGGUGCACUUCAUGGUCUCCUUGGAUCACUCCAUGUGGUUCCACGCCCCUUUCCGAGCUGACCACUGGAUGCUCUAUGAGUGUGAGAGCCCCUGGGCCGGUCUUGAACGAAAUCCAGGAAACUAUUCUUAAGAAGCUCCCGGGACUUCCCUGACGGUCCAGUGGUUAAGGCUCCGUGCUUUCGCUGCAGGGGGCACAGGUUUGAUCCCUGGUCGGGGAACUAAGAUCCCACAUGCUGCAUGGUGCGGCCAAAAAAUUAAAAAAAAAAAAAAAGCUCCCUAAGUGAUUCUGACAAUUAACCUGGUUGAGGGUCACGGCACUCAGCAUUCUCUAAGGGCCCCACCGCUUGGAUACUCCUUAUAGUGUUGAGAGAAACCCAGACUCGUUCAUCAGUGCCUAGUCUCAGAGCCCUGGGUUCCUUUCCAAGGAAGUGCAUUUCAAACAAAGAAAAGCCUUGCUUUGUGAAACAGGGACAAAACUUGAGGGACUUUUUAUACUCAGGGAAGGGGGGCUCUCCAGCACCAACAGCAUCACAAUAAAGGGGCCACCACCUUGAAGUUGGGACUCUCGGGUUCAUGUUUGGCCUGAUCCUUAAGGCCAAGUUCCUGAGCCUCUCUGGACUUGACUGGCAUCAUCUGGAACAUGGGACAAGGCCUGCUUCACUUGGUCACUGUGAGGCCUAAGUGAGCUGUUCUGCAUAUAAGAGAAACCAGCAGCUCCCUUCCUAAAUAUCAGACUAAGGCCCUGGGCUAGCACAGGAGAAUCUCCA